CAUCACUUGAAUUAAGAAAUGACUCUGAGCAGUUCUAGAAAUUGUGUUUAUGUAUUUAUUUACUCAUAUAUUGAGGCGGCAGAGGCUGAAAACACAGUGAUCAUCACAUGCUUAAGUAUUUGUAGUAAAUGUUCUACAGAGACACACAUAAUGUGCAGGAUUCAAAUAUUGUACCUUUGCAACUUAAUAUUCACAGACACUAGUCCAUAUCACAUUUUGAUUCAAGUGUAGUGAUCUACUUGAUUUAUUCAUACAAAAAUUGGCAUGAAAUCAUUAACAUUUUCAUAAGUAACUAAUUUAAUUUCACAUUUUUUAACUGUGACUGAUUAGUCACAUUGAUUUUGUAUUUUUUUCUAUAUAAAACAAUAUCAUAAUCUAUAUUUGUUAAUUUCAGGAAUAAUGUAUGAAAUUUUAUGUUAUUUAUUUUGAAGAGUUAAGAGAGCAGGUUCAUAUAGAUCCUUAUUUAAUUAAACUGAUCAAGGUUGAUAAUGUAUUUAGAAAGUGAUUAGUAAUAAGUAAUGCAAUACUAGUUUAGAGAGAGUAAUUUACACAAGGUAAUUUAAUUACAUAGUUGGAGUAAUUAUUAGCUAGUAAUUUUCUUUAAGUAAUUUACCCAGCACUGAUUACUAGCCACUACUGAAGUACCAGCAUCUAAUAAAUAAGAACUAGUGAAUACGAAGAACGUAAAGAAUAAACUGUAGUACCUAAUGGAAUAGAUACUAGGAUCUCAAAAUAAGUACUAGUAGCAUUGAAAUAGGUACUAGUAUGUUAAGGAAUAAAUGUUAAAACGGCCUGCCAUUUGAGCGUGUGUGUGUGUGUGUGUGUGUGUGUGUGAGUGUGUGAGUGAGUGUGUAUUUGUGUGUGUGUUCUGAAUGGCUCCUCAACCGGUCAGAGUCAGCAGCGUCUGUGCACAGAGGUGACUAUGCCCCGUGUGUGUUUGAGGCAGAGGACGCGUCUGUCUGCUUUAUUCUUUCACACCUUGUCCUGGGCCUGUUCAGCAUCCAUUGACCCCGCGCCCAAAAUUGACGGACAGCGGACCUCGUCGGUUACCGUACAGGAGAACAUCACUCACCACUUCAGCUGCCAAUCAGAGGGCUGGGAUGCUCAAGCCCCGCCCCUGCUCACCUGGUACCUGAACGGUGAGAGGCAGAGCGAGGUGACGGGCCGCCGGGGGGCGGGGCGUCUGGUGAUGACAUCAUCGCAGGAUUCUGGAACGCUUCAAUACGGAUCGGAGCGCAACAGCACGUUCACACUGAAGCCGAAGCGCUGGGACCGAGAGCUGGUGUGUGCGGCACGAAACCCCACCAGAGGAGAGAGCUACAACGCCAGCGUCACGCUCAACGUCCAGUUCCGUCCAGAGAUCCUGCGUGUGGACGCUCACUACAGCCAGAGCUCGGACCCAGGCCUCGCCCUCAUUCUCUUCGCUUUGGUUCGCUCCAACCCCCCCGCCACCAUCCGCUGGGUGGAUCAGUCCGGUCAGCUGCUGGCCAACAGCUCCGACUUCCUCAUCCUGGACUCGCGCAGCUUACCCUGGCUGACCAAUCACAGCCUGCAGCUCACGCUCAGCAGCCUAUCAGGAAACAUCACCGUGAACGCCAACAACAGCCUCGGCUCCGCCCACAGCAACCUCACACUCACAGAGUUCCUGCAGUCGCGUGUGGAGGUGCCGGUGUUUGGGAUCGUGACGGGUGGUGUCGCCGGCUUCAUCACCCUCCUCAUCUUCACCCUGAUGGUGUUCCUCCUCCUUCAGAAGGACAAAACCAAAGCCCUCGAGGAGCCUGCAGUGCGUCUCUCCAGCAAACGUGAGAACAGCGUGUAUCUGCCGCGGGAGAACAUGUCUCUGCCGUCACACGUGCAGCUGAACGAGGACCGAGCGCUCUGUAAGGGACAGAGCUCCAGACCCAACACACUGGAGAGGAGACGAGCCGAGGACGAGGAGGAGGACCUGUCUGCAGCCUACGCCGCCCGAGGGUUCGCUCGCUAUCCGAUGGUCGGCUACAUCUAUAAAGUCAGCAGCACCAGCAGCGACGAGAUCUGGCUCUGAUUCACACACACAAACAGAGCCGUGAUGAACUACGGCUGACCUCUGACCUCACGCCUUGCCGAGACUGAUGAAUCUCUCAGACAUCAAGCCUCAUAUCUGAGAUCUCGACGUGAUUGACUGACAGUGUCCUGCUGAAGAACUACAUUACCCAUAAUCCCCUGAUAAAAAAAAAACACUGUUACUAUGGAAACACCAUUCAGAGGCUACUUUAGUUAAUUGUAGCAUUGGUGAUGAUGAUUCCUGAAACGUUUGCGAAAUCAGAGAAAAAGAGUCACAGACUGAUUCAGUUCCAUCAAACACAGGGAAUCAUGGGAUAUGUAGUUCAUUCAGAAGCACUUGCUCAUUAAUAUCUUCAUCUCUGAUCAUGUUCUCAGAGUUAGUUAUGAAGAAAUGUUCUUUCAGUUUUCUGGCUUUCUCAAAACAAUAUUUUAACGUUGUUUAUUAAACAUUUUUAUGAAACAUUUCAGUUGGACAUCAUCUAACUUUUUCAAAUGUAACUAAUUAUUUGCCUCAGAUGAUUCAGAGAACAUUAAAAAGUAACGUUCACAAGUUUGCAGAAUUCUAAAAUGUAACAUUUCCUUAAAGUUCACAGAACCAAAAUAUAACAUUUUUAAAAACCGGAUGUUUUGAACUGAUUGGGAAUGUUAACAUUUAUAGAAAAUAUUUAUAGUCUGUAUUGACGAAUCUCUGAAAUGCAUCUAGAGGGAAUCAGAAGUAAAUCAGAUCACGAAUGAUUCGUACAAACCGUUUGACUGACCAUCACUGUAUGUGACAUGUGUGACAUCGACAGACUGUACAUACGUGCUUUCCUCGGUAUUUACCCACAGUUCUUUGCUGCUAUAUGGAAUGCUGUGUUAGAUUGUUUAAUAUUAAGGAAUGUUCAGUAAAUCGUCAGAUAUAUGAGAUAAAUAUGUGAAAAAUCUAUAUAUUUAAAUGAAUAUAAAGCAUAUUGUUGGUAUGGUGUUAUGAUCAUAUGCAUAUGUAUAUUUACUGUAAGUAUAUUUGUAAAGCUCAUUAUGAAUUUGUACAUACAAAUCUAUAAAAUAACGCAUGUCACUGUGUUUCCAUCCAGCAGGAGGCGCUACUAGUUAACCUGAGCUUGAGUAGUACUAGUUAAGUAUUAUCUCUUGUUUGUGUAUUAUUAGUCAUAUGAUGAAAUACCUCAAUAAAUCAUAUUGAUCGCACAGUC